UGUCAUCUUACUGCUUACAAAAUGCACCAAUGACCCAUUGAAGGUCACUUGCGUGUGAAACAGCAAACGUCUAGGCCUAUUCCAAAUUUAGACUAACCGAUACUUCAGCCUGGAUACUUGUUGCUCUGAAAGCUGGGUUCGUCUUCCUCAAGUCACACUACUCACCCGGACAGACAUUAGUGAACCGCACGACAUUCCAAACCACGCGCGAGAAACGAGUUUGAACAAUUGAUUUAAGAGCUCUACAUCUUGUGUGAAGUUGAAUUAUUAAGCCAACACCUGAACACAGAGCACCUGAUAGUCAGCCGUGGAGUGCCAUUCAUUCUCUUUACGGUGACGUUGGAACCGUAAAUUGUCACUCUAGUUCAACCAACAACUAGAAAAUGUCUUCAAACAAACCAAAAUCACUACUACGAGAGGCGUCUCACCAAGUUAUCGCCGGUGGAUCCGCAGGACUGGUGGAGAUCUGCCUCAUGCAUCCUCUAGAUGUAGUGAAAACAAGGUUUCAGAUCCAGAGAGGCACAAGUGACCCCCACAGCUACAGGAGCCUGGGACACUGCUUCAGCACCAUCUUCCGCAGCGAGGGGGUGUACGGCUUUUACAAGGGAAUCCUGCCACCCAUCCUGGCAGAGACACCCAAGAGGGCGGUUAAGUUUCUUACCUUUGAGCAGUAUAAGAAAGCCCUGAGCUUCACCGGCAUGUCUCCUGGACUGGCUCUGUCAGUGGCAGGUCUGGGGUCCGGCUUGACUGAGGCGCUGGUGGUGAACCCGUUCGAGGUGGUGAAAGUCAGCCUGCAGGCCAACAGAGACUCCUUCAAAGAACAACCCUCCACGUUAGGGCAGGCUCGACGCAUCAUCAACGCGGACGGCUUCGGCCUGCGUGGCCUGAACAAGGGCCUGACCUCCACACUGGGCCGCCACGGAGUCUUCAACAUGAUCUACUUCGGGUUCUACUUCAAUGUCAAGGACGCCUUCCCCGCCAGCCAGGACCCCCGGCUGGAGUUCCUGCGCAAGUUCGCCAUUGGCCUGGCGUCGGGCACCAUCUCGUCCUGCGUGAACAUUCCGUUCGACGUGGCCAAGAGCCGCAUCCAGGGCCCGCAGCCCGUCCCCGGGGAGAUCAAGUACCGCAGCUGCUUCCAGAGCAUGGCCCUGGUGUACCGUGAGGAGGGCUACCUGGCGCUGUAUAAAGGACUGGUCCCCAAGAUCAUGAGGCUCGGACCAGGAGGUGCCGUGAUGCUACUGGUGUACGAGUAUGUCUCCAAGUGGCUGCAGAAGAACUUCUGAACCAACACUGACCUCCACACUGUCCCACACGGUCCAGAGAUCAGAUCAGGGCUCCUUGGAGUGCCUCACUCAUGUCCCCCAAGUCCCCCAAGACUGUGCUGCCUGUGACCAACCCCAACCAUCUCCAUCUCCAUUACCAACCCAGCAUCCCCACCAGAGGUACCUCUAAGCUGGACGGGACCCUGUCAUCUACUCAAAGACCUCCCCUUUAGUUAAGGGAAUACUUCAAACGCACUAAAUACCUUUGAAUACAUAAACGCACAUCAGAUCCUGUUCAUUUCUCAUAGGGACCAUGAAAUCCUUUUGGUUGUGAAUGGAUAUAUGGACAUAUACAGCCAGUACAGCCUGCCAGUACAGUAGAUUAGUCUGUACAGUGUUAUUCUAAAGCCAGUAGUUUCACAUGUCCACAAUUAUCGAGUGCUCUUAUUGUAGUGUUUUGAUAAAAUAAUGAUAGUGAUAAUUACAAACUGCCCACACAAGUGAAGUGACCUUUUGGGUCUGCCUUAUUAUGCAAUAUCAGCACAUCUCAUCAGCUCCUCGGGCAGCGUAAACGUUUAAAAUAAUAAAUCAGGUGAUUAACAAACUGAACAGUCUUUUACACAACAUUUUAAGAUUAUAGUCUGACCUAAUUGGUCUUUUUUGCAAAAUGCACAUUACUUCACCCUUGUCAUUUUCGAUGUGAGGUCUCUGUGCCUGGAGGCAUAAGAUUUCAAGGGCCCGAUUGAAACGCAAUGCAGCUGUUGAUGUUAGAGUUCCACUGACAAGACUGGACAGGAGUUUUUACUCAUGGAUAUGGUCUGACCCCCUUCCUAAUUCUCACACUAAAAAAAACUCUCUGCGCUAAAACCUUUAAACUUUCGAUUUCGCCCAACCCUAGUUUUUCAGGGACAAGUCGCUUGCCGAAUUGCUUUUGAUUGGAGAUUUUGUCCACCGAGCACUAAAUUUAAUCCAGAUCUUCAACUUAAUGCAUGUCUGGGAAUGCAGCCCAGAGUUUUUUUUUGUUUUUUUGAAGGUUACUGAGGUUUUCCAGUCUCUGUCAUAAAUUUGUGUACCAGUUUUUGGUUUGACCUAUAAAUCCAAUCAAGGGCUUGUGUGUUGUUAACUCAUUUCUUUCAUUCGGUAUUUAAUGAUAUUUUUAUGGUUCAUAUUUCCUCCUUUUGAAGGGGGCAUAACAGAGAGGGUAAGGAAAGCAGCAUGGACUCUCCACACUGUCUCUCUCUUAAGAGUUGAAGAUAUGUUUCUGUUCCUGUCUUGGAAUACAAUGUUUCUUUUUUUCCUGUAUUGCAUAUCAGUGCCUUUGGAACAGAAACCUCCUGUGUGUAAAAACAAAUUAACAGUCGAUAAAGGGGAUUGUUGCGAGUAAGACGAUUGAAAUUGACCGUGGAAAUGUUGAUCACUGCAGUAUUUUCAGUUGUAGGUUUUUGUAAGUUAAUUACCUCCUAUUAUGUGAUUUCUUUUGAGAAAUGUCUCAGAUGUCUUAAGCUGAUCUGCUCUAUAGCAGACAGGCAUGUCAACUGAUGAAAUAAAGAAAUAAAAUACCUCCUGCCAGACAGAUUUUUAACUGA